AUUUAAUUCGGAUAACUAGUGUAAGUCUUUCGCUCUCUCUCUGAAAAAAUGAAGAAAAAAUUCAGGCAUCUUUUCAUUCAUGAAAAAUUAUCUCAUCAAUUUUCACUUCUGGGUAGAUUAAUUGCAAGACAUUAUUUCUUAUUCUUUUUUGGACCACUCGUUUUAACAGCAAUUCUAUCAUUGGGAUUUUUAAAACAUAAAGUUACUAGAGAUGUUCACAAAUUUUUCACUGCAACAAAUGGAAAAGCCAUAGAAAUUUUGAACUUAGUUGAACAUUUAUUUCCGAUGAAUACUUCAGAAUUUGUGUUUAUUCCCAGAAUUGCGAGUACAAGGAAUGAAUGUAUGAUUAUAUUAUAUACUAAAGAAGAUAAAAAUAUAUUUGAAGAUGAUAUCAUUCAAGAAGUCGUUUAUUUUGAUAAUAUUAUAAAAAAUAUUAGUGUGAAAAGAAAUGGAAAAAUAGCGAAUUAUUCAACAUUGUGUGGAAAACAAUAUGGAAAAUGUUUUCAGAAUGAAAUAAUUAAGUUAAUACCACAUGCAAGAGAUAUAAUCUCUGGCAAAUAUAAAAUGAAAUAUCCUUUUGAAAUAGAUAAAGUAACAUAUUUUUAUAAACCGUAUGCUAUGUCAAUAGGUGGUGUAACAGUAGAUUCUAAAGGAUAUCUUCAAAAAGCUCAAGCAUUUAUAUUUUUCUAUACAUUUGACACGUCAGAUUCAUCAAAACUAAAAGAUAUUUCUGAAUGGACAACAACUUUAAAUAAAAUCUUAAGGCAAUUAAAAUUUCGACAUUUACAAUUAGCAUUUUUAAAUUUUGAAUCAUUAGAAGAUGAAAUGAAGGAAUAUUCUAGUGUAUUGCGUCCUUUAUCUGCUGUUGUUUUUAUGAUUGUAGCAACAUUUUCUUUCAUUAUUUGCAUGACAAAUGAUUGGAUAACGAGUAAACCUUGGCUUGGUUUAUCAGCAUGUAUUUCAGCAUUAUUAGCCAUAAUAAGUGGAUUUGGAUUUAUACUUUUUUGUGGACUGAAUUCUUUAGAUGUAAAUUUUGCCUUAAUGUUCGCUAUAUUAGCUAUGGAAAUCGACGAUGCAUUUGUAUUUAUAGCAGCUUGGAGAAAAACUAACCCAGAAGAUUCUGUAGAGAAACGAAUACAGAAAACAUAUUCAGAAGCAGCGAUAUCUGUAACUGUUACUUCCAUUACGAAUUUUUUCUCUUUUGUCAUUGGAAUGACUUCUCCAUUUCCCGGUAUCUCUUUAUUCAAUCUUUUUGCCGGUGCAUGUAUUUGCUUCACUUAUAUUUACUUAAUGACGUUUUUUGGGAGUUGCAUGGUUCUAAGUGGAUUCAGAGAACAGAAACGAUUACAUUGCUUCACUUUUCGUCAUAUUGAAGAUUCCAGAACUGAAGAUUCAAGGGAUAAUCACAAAAAAGAAAACUUCAUCAUGGCUAAAUUUAGAGAUUAUAUUAGUUAUAUUCUAGAAAAGAAAUAUGUAAAAUUUAUAUUUUUUUGUAUAUUUUUUUGUAACUUUGCAUUAUCGAUUUGGGGAUUACAUUACAUUCAAGAAGGUAAUGAUUACAACGAAGCAUUUAAGGAUAAUUCAGAAUUUUCUUCAUUUUGGAAUGCAAAUUUUAAAUAUUUCAACCGGUAUAAUUUUCCAAUUCAUUUAAUUUUCGAUGAACCAUUAAAUUAUGCUGAUCCUAAAAUUCAAAAAUCAAUUGAUGAAUUGUGUAAAAAGUUUGAAAAUCUUCCACAUAUCGCAGAUAUAUCGAUGAGAAUGUCGUGGUUGAAACUCUAUAAAGAAUUUCAGAAUAGUCUCGUAGGAAAAAUGUUAUUAUCUCCGUAUAAUUUGUCUAAAGAACAAGAUUUUAUAAAUGGUUUAAGAAAUGUUUUUUUAAAAUUAAAGCCAGCAAAAGAAUUUACUUUGGAUAUAGCAUUUGACAAAAACUUUACAAAAAUUAUAGCAUCUCGUGUUUUAUUACUAACGAAAGAUGUUAUUGAUGAUAAUAGUUAUAUUAAUAUCAUGAAAGAUAGUUAUGACAUUGCAAGCAAAUCGCCAAUAUCGGUUAAAGUUCAUAAUACUCAAUUUUAUUUAAUGGAACAAAGGUUUCUUAUCAAAUACGCUACAUUUCAAACAGCCAUAGUAGCUUCUGCUUUGAUUUGUAUUAUCUUUUUUCUUUUUAUUCCUGAUGUUAAAAGCGUAUUUUGCGUUGCAGUCGUUGUAUUCUGCAUUAUAUUCGAAACUUUAGGAUAUAUGAGUUUAUGGAAUGCUAAAUUAGAUAUACCUGCCUUAUGUACAUUUAUAUUGUGUGUAGGAUUUUCUAUUAAUUAUCCGAUACACAUUUCUUUUUCUUUUAUAACUGCUAAAAAUAAAGAACCACAUGAAAGAAUCAGAAAAUGCAUUUAUGAUGUUGGAUUUCCAAUUAUUCAAGGAUCCAUGUCGACAAUUCUAGGAAUACUAAUAUUAGCUUUUCAGCCUUUUUAUAGUACUGUUUUAUUCUUUAAGAUAAUUUUUCUUAUUGCUCUAUUAACUACUUUUCAUGCAAUGUUUAUUAUUCCAAUUACUUUAAGUAUAAUUCAAAAUUUAAAUUGUACUUUUGUUUUCAAGAAACGAAGGAUCAACAAUUAAUGUUUGUAAUGAGAUACAUUUACUAUAAUUACUAGAUAAUAUUUUUUUUAAUAAUUUUUACUUGUUUGUAUUUGUCGAUACUAUUAGAAAAAUUGUAAUUGUAUUAAAUUUUCAAUAAAACGACGUAUUAACGAAUCAAAUGAUAUAGGCCUAUAU